AACGGACACAAAUUGACUCACGCCUCAAAGAAGCCCCACGGUUGUCGUAUCUGUGAGAAAUCUUACAGUGAUGCGCGUUCCCUGCGCCGUCACUAUGAGAACGCCCACCCGGAUGAGUAUGAUCUCUGGCGAGCCGCCGAGGAAGCUGAGACCCAACUCUCCGCUGUAGUUGAGGCCGCUGCUGCAGCCGCGUCUUGCAGCGUGUCCGGAUCCGCGUCCGGUCCUACUGCUGCUGCGGUGGUCAGUGGUGCCUCCAAUACCAACAAUCUGACUCAACAUCUCGUCGCUGAUAAAGUGACCAAUGGGAGGAACUCCCCCUGGUUUUCCUCAGCCGCCGGUUCUGUGAACAGUGCAACUAGCGGUGGUGACGCAGGUGGCGGUGACGGUGGAGGUGGUAGCAGUGGCCGAGUGAGCCCCGUCAUCUCUGAGCGACUCAAGGCCGUGCUUAUGGCCAUGCCCCUCGAAGCUCCUCGUGUGGUCCCGUGUGCAUUUUGUCCUAGGCGCUUCAAGAACCAGUCGGCGUUGAAUGGCCACAUGCGACUGCAUGGUGGCUAUGGUCUUAUUCAUGCCACACCUGUAUCCUCGACUUCCGUCUCAUCAACUUCUGGCGGUGGCGCCAAAUCAUCGAAAUCACUCCAAGGGACAUCUACACCUCCAAGACUAUCUCUGCCUGGGUCGAACACGAUGUCGAGAGUAAAGAAGCAAUCCUCUCAUGGUCACCAGUUGUCAGUGGGACUGGGGAGUCAGUCUACAAAUGAGCCCUUCCGUCCGCUUCGUGAUUUACCCGAUACUAAAUCAGAGGGUUCAUCAUCGAGUCUCUUCGAUUGGCCUUGUGGCCCGGUUAGCACGCUACCUGUAAUCAGCACAGAAGCUCUCUGUGCCUCGUCUACUGUAGCUUCCAUAACGACAUCUCGUUCGAUUCGUCCGUGGCCAGCUCAUUCUGGCCAGCUAUCUCAACAACAAUCGUCCUCCAAUCACUAUAGUGUUAUCAGACAGAGUCUCCCACGGCCGCAUUCGGAAUUGCACUUCAAUGAGGCGACAGGCGCCCACUCACCCUAUCGUGGUUUAGGUGGUGAUACUAGUAGUACCAACUUUCGAAAGCGACCUUCUUCAACAACCUUUAGUGGUUCAUCCCCACCCACUCAGUUGCAUCAGUUUCGUUCCGCACCGCAAGACUCAAUGUGGUUUUCACCUCAACAUCAUCCAUCUCACCAACCAUCACUUCGCACAAUUAGAAAUGAUCCAACGUCGUCGGUAGAUCCUAUCUUUAAUAACCUGCGUCUAUUUGACACUGUACCAAGUGCCGCGUCAUUCAGGCAUCAGGGGAGUCGAUAUAUAUCCCGCUUGGCUCCACCUCAACCACCAUCGCACACCUUCUCACAUCCAAGUGGAGGCGAAGAUUACAGUGGGUCUAAGCUCGAGUCUCUUCCAAUGUUUGGCAACACAGCAUCAAGUGAGCAACCUUCGCAUCAUCAACAGUCGGGGUUCUUUCAAUCUGGUUCCUAUCCAAAUCUCCAUGGAAUCGGUAGUGGCACUGCUGUGGAUCGUCCUGCUGCUCAACCACAUUACUCUCCAAUUACUCCAGCUUCAGGAGGAUUUGGAGGGAAUUCGAACUCGGCAUCGAGUGCUUUCACAUUUCCUCCGACGGACGCUCUAUUAGCCUCGACGUCCACACCUUCACCUCCACCGAUCUCUCAGCAAGGUAUUCGACAGCAGCAUCAGCAGCAGCAGCAAUUCCUUUGUCCAUGUCCGCCGAGCAGAUCAAACGCCUUUGUGGACUCGAAUAAGUGGCUAAGUCAUGAGCCACAUUCAGUUGAACCGAUGCUAUCAUCUCCUCUCUUGGGACAAUUCUCAUCGCCACCGCCGCCACCACCAACAGCUCAACAAUCAAUGAAUCUGACGCCGAGCUAUCAACAGCAACACGAAAAUGUCAAACAGCAGCCCCCUCGUCUCUACACUCCAGUUCAGACCCAGCAGCAGCCACAAGAAAACGUCGAGGACACCUCGAGGGGCUCUGAUUUCUACCAACAACAACAACAACCACUACAUUCAGUGUACGACCAUCGUCCUAAACCCAUCUGCUCACACACGGGCUAUGACAGUUCACUAAUGCGUCAUCCAAUGACUCCACAACAUACCACCACUGGAAUACAGCCACGUGCAUACUCCUACUGCACUAAUUCAACUCAGGCAGCCUACUCGGUGCCUGUAAUGCCAAACAGAGAACGUGUUUUCUUCCCUGAUGACUCAGAUCCUCUCUUGCUUGCGGAUGAAGAUCCUGGUCCCAUCAGUAGGCUUCUACCACCUCCUCAGCAAGCAAUAGACCAGACUCAACCAAUGCCGAAUCAAAUUUCACCGCAGCAGCAAAUGCAACCUAGUCAAUGCUUUGAGUUGAGCUGUGUUCCAACGCACAAAUACGCUCAACAACAGCACAACAGUGUAGGUAAAAAGGAGGAUGCAGGGAGUAGUAAUACGGAAGAAAUUUUCAGAAAUCCACCUCCUCUAACGCAACAAUCAACUCUAUCGAAUCAGUCUUUGUCUUCGCAAAUUCAUCUGCCUUCAUUAUCGUCGGUUACUGCAGCACAGUCACCUACUUCAUCGCCUGGAGUCAGUGGUGCUACUCUGAAGAAAGUGAAAAAGAAGCCGGAACCCAUCGUAAUUCCCUCGUUCACCCAUCGAAUCAACCCCUCACGUCUGCGUUCACCUCGUCUCUCAGCCGCAAACAGUGUUGGUGUCUCCAAUACCGAACUCAACGCCCUUCUCCCUCUGAAGGGUGGCCAGUCAACGAGUAGAGGUCUUUCACUCAAUGGAAUGUUGGAAUCCCUUCCCUACACUCCACCCCCCAUGCUCUCGCCUAAUCGUCGGGGUUCUGGUCUCUUCUCUUCAAUGAUUGCUCGCUCCAGGCGUCCACCACGCACUGCCACAGCUGCAUCUGCAGCCAGUCUUUCCCGCCUUAGAACAUGUCGGGCAAGCAUUCCCUCUGGAUUGAGUAGUGUUGAUGAUAGUAGCCCAAUGGUGAUAGCGUCAGAAAUGAACUUGAUCGGUAACGUCCCAGAGGGUGCAAAUGCCGCUGCCCAUAGUGCAAACAGUGGUGGUGUUGUUGGUAACACAGGUCGACAAAUUGAGAAGAGCUUCUUGGCUCUAGCGAGGCGAAGCGGGAUUUCUCCCGGUGCAUCACCUAAAUCUGCUCCAGCUUUCAUGAAAAAUGCGGCAUAUUUCUCUUCAGAGACCUCAUUGAAUAAUAUGUGUGGCGGCGGUGAUGACAUAGCUCCUCCCACGGUUCCUAUGCGUGCAACGAUGCUUGGAGGUGAUGAAGUCGAGUGUCCUAGGCCUUCUUCCAAAGCUCUCUUCUUUGCUGAUGAAGAUGAUGAGGCAUUAGCUUCAAUGCUAGAUACUGCAGCGGCGGCAGCAGCUGCUGUUGAAGAUAGUCACCAAAUUCCUGAAGUGGUCAUCCCUGAUUCCUCUGAGGCAGGUGCUCUUCAUGGGGAUGCGGUGGUGACCACCAUUCCUGCUCUCAAUAGGUCAAAUUUCUCUCCUAUCCCUCAUGGCACCGAUACGCCCUCGUCGCCUUCUUGCCAUUGUUGUGCUGAUGUUUCCCCCGCAAUCCCACAGGUUGAAGAAAUGGAUUAUGAUGAGGAUGUUGACUCUGUUGAUAGCAUUGUGGAAGAUAUCGGUGUGCCUAGUAACUUUGAACCAAAAAUUAAUAUUGGUGCGGAGUACCAGGUUGACGUGCCAGAGUUUGCUGAAGGCUGUGUAAGAGAUCUAUAUCGUGAAGAGAAUCGUUUCUACGAGUCGUUAUUAUGGGAUCCGCGGAAUAUUGAUGACAAUGACCCAAAGACCGAGGAGUCUUUGGCCAACCUCAUGAAUCUUGCCCGCUCUCCUGUUGUGAGGAACUGUGGACUAAAUAUGGAGUAUACUUUCCAUCUCCUUUGUAAAUUUCAUGGUGACUUUGAAAUGACUCUUCGUACACUGUUGCAUGAAUCCUUUACAAUUUUCGAUCGGGUCUAUUCUGAAACUGAAUACUGGACGACAGAAGAGAUCGAGAAAUUCCAGAGUAGUCUUCGUAGACCCUAUAAAAAAGACUUUCAUCAUGUUUCUGCAGAACUAAGAGCCUGUGGAAUGAAUAAAUCCGUUAAGGCGUGUGUUGAGUUCUACUAUGUUUGGAAACGAAUGAAUACUCCACAUGAAGUCAAGCGCUAUCGAGGUAGAGUUCAUUGCAAGAGCGUUCCAACAAGGAGUGAUAGACAAACCGUCGAAGAUCCGCCUCCUCUUAAUCAUCAAGCCAAUGAUCUCUACGGUCUUCCCAACCUUGACAACAACUCCCUCGACCUUGACAUGCCACCAACUCCUGAUUUGGGUGUUGACGAUAACAAUUCCUCCUCGACAUCAUACAAUCUGCGCCGAAAACAUAACGAUCUGCCCCCUACCAUUAACCGUGAAUUCGAUGACCUUGAACUCAAAUCAUCGUCUACUGGUAAUGAGUCUUCAGCUAUUGCGACUGUAGUUGGAGGCGUGGAAGGGGGGUUCCUCUGUCGCCAAUGCGGUCGCAGUUUUGCCAAAGUUAAGAGCAGGAAUGCUCACAUGAAGUCCCAUGCGACUUCUGCACACAGCAAGCAACCAAGCCAAUAG